GUCCUGCUGCCCACAGACGGGAUCAUAGACUCAGACACAGGGACCCUCUCUCCCCUCAGCUUCCCUGGGACUUUACCUCUUUCCUCCUCCUCUGCUUGGAUGCAGAGUGGGCUGUAGUCUGGGUCUGGAGUUUCCUUAACGUCGACACUGCAAAGCUGGGAGAAGCUCUCGGAAGUGAAACAACGUCCUCGCUGGAAUGGCCCGCGGUGUUCUCUCAGGAGUCUACUUCCUGCAGAAGAGAGUGUGUGUUUGGCUGGAUUAACUUCUCCCCGCAUCACCCCUCACUGUGGAGCCCUGCGGCUUCCGUGCCAGGAUUGGUCAGACAGCAGCCUAGCAACAGCGGUGACAGUGGGGUCAUCCAGGAAUUGCCAGAAUCAUCGAGGUCACGGAGGAGACAGGACUGGAUGUAUGAGACGACUUCAUGGGCCUGAAGGAACAUCUGGAGGAUGAAACAGGCCGCAUCCUCAGCCUGGGUCUGGAUUUGGAAUAUCUCCACGUGGAAGGCAGCGUGCGGCAGGCAGACCUGAGCUCCACGGCUGGUGCAGACGCAGGGCCCUUGGAGGCAGGGGUGGCCAGGGGAGCCCACGGUAUCAGUAUCAGCACCAGUACCAGCACCAGUAGUAGUUGCAGCAACUACUCUGAAGAGAGUGCUGCUUCCGACAGUGAAGAUGAGCGAGUCCAGAUCUCUGCUUCUGAGGUCCAGAAACCUCGUCCUCACCCCUCACCCGCCUCGUCAGCUCAGAACCCCACCCCUGGGGAGUCCACUCACACAACAUCCCUCCUCACACACAGCCAGACCAAGGUGGAGUUUGCGCUGAAGCUGGGCUACUCUGAGGAUCUGGUGCUGCAGGUGCUGGGAAAGUUGGGCCCAGGUGCGCUCAUCAACGACAUCCUGGGAGAGCUGGUCAAACUGGGAACCAGGACAGAGAUGGAACAGGAAGUGAUCACCCAUUAUGCGUCUUCCUCCUCUUCCUUUUUAUCUUCUUCCCACUCGUCCUCCUCGUCGUCUCUGGACUUCUGUCGCCAGGUGUGUGAGUCUCCCCGUCUGGAGGACCAGGACAACCUGAGGCCGGUGGUGGUGGACGGAAGCAACGUGGCCAUGAGUCACGGGAAUAAGGAAGUGUUCUCCUGCCACGGCAUACAGCUGGCAGUUGAUUGGUUCCUGGAGCGUGGCCACAGAGACGUCACGGUGUUUGUGCCCGCCUGGCGGAAAGAACAGUCGAGACCCGACGCACUCAUCACAGACCAGGAGAUUCUUCGCCGCCUGGAGAAGGAGAAGAUCCUGGUGUUCACGCCUUCCCGCCGCGUCCAGGGCCGCAGGGUGGUUUGCUACGACGACCGCUUCAUCGUCAAGCUGGCCCACGAGUCGGACGGCAUCAUCGUCUCCAACGACAACUACCGCGACCUGGCCAAUGAGAAGCCAGAGUGGAAGAAGUUCGUCGACGAGCGACUCCUCAUGUACUCAUUUGUGAACGACAAGUUCAUGCCCCCUGAUGACCCUUUGGGUCGCCAUGGCCCCAGUCUGGAGAACUUCCUGCAGAAAAGACCUGUCAUCCCCGAGAACAGGAAGCAGCCCUGUCCCUACGGUAAGAAGUGCACCUACGGGCACAAGUGUAAGUUCUAUCACCCUGAGAGGGGCUCCCUACCACAGCGCUCCGUGGCCGACGAGCUUCGGGCAAGUGCCAAGGCCUCCUCUUCCUCCUCCUCUUCCUCCUCCUCUUCCUUCUUCACCUCCUCCUCCUCCUUCUCUUUCUACUCUCCCUCCUCUUCCAAGACUCUGGGUGACUCCAUCACAGGAAAGAGCCAAGCAAGCUCCAGGAUAGACUCGUUGUCCGAGUCCCGGGGCGGGCACCCUAAGAGGCGCUCAGACUCCUACAACGACCUCCUGGAUGAGCAGCUGGAGGUACGGACCAGGAUAGAAGCUCGUAGGGGCAGCAGUGGCAGCUUCCUCCCUCCAGCUGCGACACCCUCGGGCCAGCGGGACCGGAGAGACCGGCCUGAGGGAGGAGGUGCCUCCAGGGGCCAUGCAGCGGUGGGCCUGGGUCCAGGGGAGUCUUACCCCAGGUGUGAAUCCCCAGAGCUGGGCUACCCCUCCUUGAUGAGGGCCUACUCAAGCCUGAGCCUGGUGGUGCCUCAGAGCCCAGAAAGGUUCUUCCCUGCAGAGCUGGGGCCCGGCUCCUUGCCCUCGGAUUGUAGCAGUGAGGGCAGCGUGAGCUCGGACUCCUUCUCCCCUGAUCCAGUGCUGGAGGAGGGCCUCAGAUAUCCCCAACACCACCACCAUCACCACCAUCACCCCUGCCCCGGACGAUACCCCCAACCGCCCUCUCACGCCCCUACCGGCAUGUCCCAGCACCCACACCACAGCUACCCUCUUUCCCAGGGCCUGGGGAGGAUGCAUGGAUACACCCUGGAGGAUCCUCCCUCCUCCCUCCUCCACUUCAACGCUCCCCUGGCCUACCUGCCGUCCCACCUGCAGGCCCGCUCGGGCUACCCAGGGGAUUAUCCCCACCCCCCACCCCAGACCUCCAGCCCCCACGCCCGCUCACAGGGAUCCCCUCUGGGGCGCACGCUGCUGGGCACAGCCUGGCAGGAUGAUGGGCUGUUGGAACCUCGGCUGUACGAGCACUCCCCCCACCGCCCCAGGAGGGGCUGCUCUGGGCAGGAGUCGCGUCUGGCCAGCUGGGACCCCCACUAUCAGCUGCCCUCCCAACACUGCUACGAACCCUUCUCCUUUCACAGCCUGCCAGAGGGACACCCACAGCCCUGGUACUCCCCUUGGGCCAGGGGAACGCACUCCCCCCGUGGGCCUCCAACCUCCCUGCCCCCUGCCCCCCCAGCCCUCCCCACCCACUCCUCCAUGAUGGCCACCCAGCUCAAGGAAUCCCCAGACCAGAGCCGUUACAUCGAGCUGCGGGAGAAAGUGUUCACCAACUUGUGUAACAUCUUUCCUCCGGAGCAGGUGAGGGUGGUGAUGGGGAGGAACCCCCAUGUGAUCGAUGCCCAGCAACUGGCGGCGGCCAUCUUGGUGGAGAAGACCCAGAAUGGGUCUUGAUGCUGGCGGCAGCCAUCUUGGUGGAUGACUCGGGCUUCUCUACCCCCAACACUUGAGAAGCGGAUCUGCUUGUGUGUAGCAGAAGCAUUCUCACUUUUUCUGACUGUAGAAAAACAUGCAUCAGGAGCACUGAUGUUAGCUUAGCUUCCAAAUAAUAUGCUUCAUCAAAGCGGUGUGUCUGUUACUUGAUACUGUGUAAAGGAAAAUCCUAGCUACCUUAUUUUUCUAUGUUGUUGAUUUUUUUGUAACUGUUCAGAGUACCUUCAGCACUUCUUUCUCCAUGGGCGGAAAUGUUUUGGUGUAACAAUGGGGAAAUGUCUACGUGGUUUAAGUGUGUGCAGAAAAUGUAUUUUAUUGUGUUCUUUGUUGACUUAUUGUUGUUGGGAUCCAUUGCUUUAAUUUAUUUAUAUUUUACAGAUGUUUUAAGUAAGUAUUUCAUUAUUCUUAAGUUAUUUUAAUAGCUAGCAUUCUGUUCUGGCACUUUUUGUUGCUUUCUUAUCAACAUUUUAGUUUUGGCAAUCAUACUUCCGGGGAAGGAUGAUUAGUUUAAUAGGUUUUGAAACGUUUCCUGAAAAUAUAUAAUUUGUCAUGUACCAAUCUGGCCAAGGUAUGAACCGGUUUCAGUUUCAGCCCUUCAUCAUUAGAUUUCUCUUACCAGGUGUUGUGUUGACUAAGGUGGUAAUGUAUUUUAUGAAUCCCCUUUAGAGAAGUGAAACCGAAUUAAACUACAAAAAAAGCCCUUCAAUGUUUUAGGAAAAAACCCUUCAGAUCUAUUUACUGAGUUGACUUCCCCUCCUGGUCUAGCACCCUGCCCCCUUCAGAAUAUGGGGGAUUUCUACAUAGAGUUUUACUUUUAUUUAUGAAUUUUUUGUCCUCAAACCAUCCUGGCCAUUGAAAUCACAUCAGGAUGGUUUUGGGAGAUGUGCAAAUUUGUUAAUUUAACAUUGUUAAUUAUGUCACGUAUGUAAAUGUUUGUGUCUGUGGCUUGAGUACCAUUGCAGAAAAAGAGUCUUGCCAUCUAGUCAGGUGUAACUUCAAUGACAGACAAGAUCUGUCAGUUCCUGGAAGGACUUGCUGGUUUGGAACACGUUCAAAGUUAAAACCUUCUCACGGCAAGCAAACAGUAAAUUAAACUGCAAAUUAUACUUGCGUGUAGACACUGGCACACAUACAAAA